GGGUUGGUAAGCAUAAUGUAUCAUCUGUCAUAUCAUUUUGAGGGCAGUUAGCUUCCAAUAAGGGGGCUUUUUCGAAGCUCGGCACUAUAUUUCACGUCGUUAGACUUCACCACAGGUCGAAAUAGAAUGUCCGUGCUAUCGAAUAUAAUAUACACAAGAACGAGUAUUUUAUGUCUCUAUUGUCCCUCGCCGUGAUCUCGAACUGUUGUUCAAUUCUCGCUUGUGGUAAAAUUUCUCUUGAUUGUUUAAACUGGGUUUUCUCGCAGGAGAAAAUGAGUUCAAUCCCAGAUGGUCUCGGAAACGAUUCACGCAAGUUCCUGAUUCUCCGGUCCAUUGCGUUCUUUGCCAGUGUUCUAUUUGUGGCUCUGCGCUUCCUUACAAGACGCCUGACACAUUCUGUGAGUCAUGAGGACUGGGUGUGUCUUGCAUCAUUGGUUUUUGCUGCCGGAUUUUCAAUAUGCUUCACAUUACAGUUGACUAUUGGGCGGGCUGGAUAUCAUGAAUAUCUAUUCAAUCGAGCGGAGCUGGAAAUGUAUAAUAAGCUUUCGGUAUCAAGCAACGCCAUGCAUGCUUGUACAGUUACACUCUCGAAGAUUUCUAUACUACUGUUCCUUAAACGGGUUUUCGCUGUGCAUCGAUCCUUUGGGCGGUUCGUUUGCGUCAUGAAUAUCGUCGUCCUGCUACAAGGCCUCAGCUCCUUGAUCGGGAUGAGCAUAUCCUGUGUCCCCAUCGAAGCGCAGUGGAAAUCAUGGCUACCCAAAAAGUGCAUGGAUCCCAAAGCCUUUCUCUACAGCGUGUCUAUUAUCAAUAUCUUACUGGACGUGAUUAUCCUUCUCGCUCCACAACCACUGGUUUGGCGAUUACACAUGGGGUUGCAACGCAAAAUGUUUGUGUCAGCUCUCUUCAUGGUUGGUGGCUUGGUGUGUAUAAUUAGUAUUAUACGGUUUGUGGCCUUGACCAAGCUUGUUUAUCACGAUAUGACCUGACUCUGCGACAAAGGCUCAUGCAUGGUCUCUCUUCGAGUUGAACACAUCCAUCUACUGCGUUUGUAUGCCGAUGAUUCCCAGUCUAAUUCGCUACCUGAGGGGCAAAAGCCUGGCCAAUAGUUCUGCUACACCGGGCUCUUCCGACAUUUAUAGCAAUACUCUUGGUCGGAGUUCUGGACGUCGGCGGCCGAAUUCGACAACAGUUUUACAGGACUCUACAGAAGGUCUAUAUACCACCAUCGAAAUGGGGGACCGAGCAGCUCAAACUCAUGAUACAAAGGGGCUUUCAGUACGAGUGCAGACCGAUAUACAGAUGCAUUGGGAAACGACGUCAUCAAGAACACGCGCUGAAUCUGUGUGAAUGUCCAUGUUUCGGUUAUUUUGGCCAUUUUGUAUAGAGAAACUAGGUUUUAUAGACAAAGAAC